UUGAGAACAAAAAAGAGAGAGAGAAGGCUACAGAUCCAGCCAUUCAACUCCAAGAAUCAUGUAUUACUCCCUCCAUGACAAAACAGGGGGGGUAGGUGGAUCUCUAGUGAUGGGUUUUUAUUAAAUGUAUUUGAGGAAAGGGGGAAGGCAGAGAACGGAGCACAACUACCUGCUAAAAAGAAAGUUCUUUCUCUCUCUAGUCUCCAAAGCACAGCCUUUGAUGUAUGGCAACAGAUCACUGAUCAGAUUACAGGCAUUUGGUCUCACUGCUCGUCUGCCUUUGAUCUGCGUGCUUAAUUUUAUUUUCCUGGAUUUGAAGUUUGCCUGGGCUUGUGCUGACAUUAAAAAAAAAGGAGAUGAAGGCAUUUAAUACAGAAGCUCUGGCAGAGUGAAAUUUAGUUGCAGAAAGAGUGGCUAUUGGAUAAGCAUCAGCAUACAUCAGGUACAGUACUUUGUUAAAGAAAAGGCUUCAAGAAUGGAUAUGAAAAUGUCACAGUGGCAAUCUUCCAUACUGAAACUGCUUGUACUUCUAAUAUAUUUUUCAAAUACUGUAAUUUGUGAAACAGGAGACUGCAGAGAGCAAGAGUUCAGAGAUCAUGAUGGAAACUGUAUGCUGUGUGAACAGUGUGGACCUGGAAUGGAACUGUCUAAGGAAUGCGGCUUUGGCUAUGGAGAGGAUGCCCAGUGCAUGACAUGCAGGCCAAACAGAUUCAAGGAGGACUGGGGCUUUCAGAAGUGCAAGCCAUGUUUGGACUGCGCUCUAGUAAAUCGAUUUCAGAAAGCCAAUUGUUCUUCAACUAGCAAUGCUGUUUGUGGAGACUGCUUACCAGGAUUCUAUAGAAAGACAAAGCUUGGGGGCUUUCAGGAUAUGGAGUGUGUUCCUUGUGGUGACCCACCUCCUCCAUAUGAACCUCACUGUACUACAAAAGUGAAUUUGGUGAAAAUCCCAUCAACUGCUUCCAGCCCACGAGACACUGCCCUUGCUGCUGUGAUAUGCAGUGCACUGGCAACUGUACUUUUAGCUCUCCUCAUCCUGUGUGUUAUCUAUUGCAAAAGACAAUUUAUGGAAAAGAAGCCCAGCUGGUCUCUGAGAUCACAGGAUGUUCACUAUGAAGGCUCUGAACUUUCAUGUUUUGACAGACCACAACUUAAUAUUUAUGCUCACAGAACAUGUUCCCAGUGCCAGCGGGACCCGUCACAGUUGUGUGGUCCCGUGCAUUUGAUUCCAUCACUGUGCUGUGAUGAGACAUGUAGUCUGGAACACAGUUGUCAUAGCUGCCCUUUUCACUCUCAGACUUCUCUUCAUGAAAGGAAUUCAAAUUCUGUUGGGGAAAUGAUUCCAGCAUUCCUCGGUUCUCUUUCACAUUCUACCUGUGGAGAUCUUUCGGAUGCUUGGCCCCUUAUUCAAAAUCCAGCUUGUUGUGAUAGCAUAUCUUUCUGUGAGUCAUAUCCUGAGCUAAUGGGAGAAGAUGACAAUUCUUUCAGCCUAGAGACUGAAAAAAUAGCCUUUGUGGAUUCAGAAAAUGAACGGGAUCCAAGUGUACCCACAUCUAUGAAGUGUCAUUUUGAAAGUUUGACAGAGACAACUGAACAUCCCAAUCAUACUUAUUGUAUCACUGCUUCAUUAAAUCAGUUCAUCACCGCUGAACAACUGUCAGCAACAGAAUAUGACAGAACAGUUAGCGAUUCCCCAAACUGAUGAACAGGAAUCCAAAGGACCUUUCCUGGCAGCUCUUAAACUGAAUGCUUCCCCACAUAGCUCUCUUCUAAUGCUUGUGAACGGAAUGCGCCCUGGAUCUCAGUGUUACAAGGUUUCAGAAACAGCUGAAAUACAUUGGCAGCAUUUCAAAGCUCUCGGGAAGUUGCAUUUUGAGACACAGCAGCUGUAUGGGAAAACUUCAAGGAGCAGCAUGGUAAAGACCAAAGGCAGAACCAUGCUAGUCUCUUUUUUGAACAACAAGCUUUAGUGUCUCAUCGACACACAAUCGAAAUGUGGUGGACUGAUCUCAGAUCAUGUAAAUAUCACAAGCGAUAGAAUAGCAGAUUUGAGUGUGUAUGGCUAGCUACUAACAGCAGCAGGUGUGUGUGUCAGUGGGUUGUCCAUUAUUCUUUUGACAAAAGGAAGCAUUUAAUAGGGUUUUCAACAAGCUGUGCUGAGUCAACUUAGAAUGUGCCAAAAAUUCAACACUGCGGAAAAGCCUGGAGAA